UUGGAUUGUCUGAAAAUUUGGCCACAAUCUCUCUCUCUCUAGAUCGUUUUCAGUGAUGAGUAAGCCUCCAUACGACAAAGAGCUUCUAGGAUUUCGAACGAACAGAUCGUCUAGUUGAUACAAUUGGAAAAACCCACCGUAUUUGGUAGCAAGGGUAUUGGAAAAUGGCGGAUAGAGGUAAAGAAUGGGAAUUUUAUCUCCGGUCGUUGUCGUCCGCCGCCAGAGACUUCAAUCAUGCCGCUAACCCCACUUCCGAUCCUUCGCUUCUCGAUUCUGUCAAAAGGCUGUACGAGCUCUGCAAGAGCGAAAAAUCUGAGGAAUUGGUUGCUAGGGUUUAUCCUCACCUGAACAAGAUAUACCAGCGCUGCGUAGCUUCAAUUUCUCAGUCUCAGACCUCCAACGGCCUUCUUUUACUGGCCAUUCUGCAGUUUUUUCUUGAUUUUAAAGAUGAUGUUUUACAUGAUGCAGAUCCGAGUCUAAAGACAUUUUUUCGAAUGUGUUUGAGCCGUGAGUUUGCAGACCCUGUUGUUGCUGAAGCAACACUCGAAUUUCUAAGCUCAAACAAAGCUAUACUUCUAAAGUCUUUCCCUACAUUACUUCCACAGUUUUUCCCUUUAUUGCUGAAACUUAUUGCAUGGAAUGGAGAAAAAUUGGAAAAGGUAUUCCUGAGAGUAUUCUCAGGAUUCAUGUCUCCAGGAUCCUUCAUUCCCCUUUUCCCUUCCCUGGUGGACUUACCUGUAUUGGUUGUGGCGUUGGAAAAGGUAGAGAAGAGUUCAGGGUCACUUGUAGGGAGCAGCAUAGCUUCAAUUCAGAAAAGUGCUGCACCUGAGAUGCUGCUAGCUCUCAUGGAUGAGGCAUAUACUGGUUCAACCAUAGGAGAUGGUGGUGUAGAUUCUGAAUCUGAAGAUAACAAUCCUAUUGCCGUAGCUGACCCUCUCUUUCUUGAUAUUCUCAAGGAUGAGAAUGAUGGUCUUGCUGAACGGCAUUGGACCUCUCCUGCCAUGGCUGCAGCUUUGCAGGCAGUUGUCAAUAGCCCUCUGUCUACUAGAUUGAAAGAAGCAGUUAAAAUAGCACCACGACUUCUUGAUGCCUAUUUCGCUUUAGUAGUUUAUGAUGCCAAUGAUUCUUUAACAUGUGCUUUGAUUCCACUGGUUAUGAAGAGAUAUUCCACAUUAUUUCCAGACAAAAAUUUCUCAUAUGAGGUUCAGAAGAGGCUCUUGGAGUUCAUUCUGGUAGCCUUCCAUCGAUCUCCUCAGUUCAUUGCUGUUCUUAAGAAGCCAAUAGUGAAUGGGCUUGGGGAAGCUUACGACAGCCCAGCGAAGACUGAGUUGGCGUUGCAACUGUGUUGGGCCAUUGGAGAGUAUGGAGGGGGUGGUGAAUCACAUAAAGACGCAGCUCGUGAGCUUUUUGAGAGUUUAGAAUUACUUCUCUAUGAAAACCUUUCUUCAAGUCGCUUGGGGUUAGGUGAAGCAUCCCGUGGUUCUGGCAAUUCCAGUUUCAGAAAAUUUUCUCAAUCAAGGCUCCUAUGCUUUGUUGUCACAGCAAUAGCAAAACUUGCCACCUAUCAUCGUGAAUUACUGCCAAGAGCACGUGUGUCCCUGGCAAAGGUGGCUCGUUCUCGAAUUUCGGAUCCAAGGGUGUGGAAACGUGCUCAGGAUUAUUUGGGUUUAAUGAGUCAACCAGCAAUAUGUUUGUCUGUCUUGGGAUCUUCUAGCCCUUCAAGCGAAACCUCGCAAUAUCCCGGCGUGAUCAAAUGGGAUGAAGGCCAUAAGAAGAUGAUUGCCAACAUUCCUUUCUAUCUUUUACAUGAGCAAGAAGGUCCUCCCUUGCAUGACUUUUCAUUUUUGGAUAUUCUUCCUAGGGAGUAGUAUAUAUCGAAGAUUUGGUGUGUGUUGCAGCCACUUAACCCACCAUUCAGGUUCAAUUAAGGACAAAUCUGCCAUGCAAAUACUGGAGCAACUACUUAGUCUAUCAUGUGGAAGCAUAUUUUUCAGAAUCAGAAUCUAUAGUUGCUGUAGUGCAUAUGCUUCCAAACUCAAGUCUACAGUUGCUGAAGUUUAUUUGCUCAUGCAGCACUUCAGAAACUCUACGAGAAAGUUUGUGUCAUUUGUAAAUUAUAGAAAUUGUUCAUGAUCUUAUUUUAUUUUUUUUAUUUAUGUGAAGGGUGACCAAGUAUUUUAUAUGAACAUUUACUCUCAAUUAGCAUAUAUACACAACUAAUCUGAUUUUGCUAUAA